UUCGGUUUCCAAUUUGAAAACGAGACGUAUUCAACUAUUUUUGAAAUCUUCGUUUACAAAAAUUGAUGAGAUGAAAGUCUUGGCUCUGAUAAUUUUAGUUGUGAUUGGUUUUGUGUCUGCCAACAGUGAUGAGGAACUCUUAGAUAGAUGGGAGAUGUACAAGCAAGAAUUUGGUAAAUCCUACAGAUCACCGGUGGAAGCACGUAGACGUUUGGCAAUAUUCAAGGAGAAUUUGGAAAAAAUUGAGCAACACAACGCAUUGUUUGCACAAGGGAAGACAACCCAUACCGAGGGUAUAAAUCAGUUCACAGACUGGUCAGAAGAGGAGUUCCUACAAUAUGUUAACAAGGGUUUGAUAGACAGACCAAUAAUGGCUGGGGCUAUUUACAACGUGACUGAGAAUGUUGAAAAUCUUGCAUCAAUUGACUGGAGAACUGCUGGAGUUGUGACUCCCGUGAAAAACCAACUGCAAUGUGGAUCUUGCUGGUCCUUUAGUGCUACUGGUUCUAUCGAAGGACAACUUGGUCGAAGAGGUCGCCUGGUGUCACUCAGCGAACAAAACCUAAUUGACUGUUCAGGAAACUAUGGUAACAAGGGCUGUGGUGGUGGUCUCAUGAACGCAGCAUUCAACUAUGUCAGGGAUCAUGGAAUUGAGAGUGAACAGGACUACCCCUACUCGGCAUCUAACGGAUACUGUCGUGCAAACCCAUCAAGAGUUAUCACUAGAAUCUCCACCUAUUAUUCGAUUCUCGCUGGCAACGAAAAUAUGCUAAGAACAGCUAUUGCUAGUGUGGGGCCCAUAUCUGUAGCUAUUGACGCUACAGCGAACCUACAGAGAUACAGCAGGGGAAUUUUCAGGGACCUUUCUUGCAGCAGUCAAGCCUUGAACCACGGAGUCCUAGCUGUUGGAUACGGCACUGAAAAUGGAAUCAACUAUUACAUUAUCAAAAAUUCUUGGGGUGCUGCAUGGGGUGAAGCUGGUUACUUUAGACUGGAAAUGAAAAAUAACCAAUGUGGAAUUGCCACCAUGGCUUCCUACCCAGCACUGGUUACCCGAAAAGAUGUGUUUAAUCAAAAAAUCGUCAAGGCUGAAAGGAUAGCAAAAAUGAAAGUCUUCGCACUUAUAUGCAUAGUGGUGAUCGGUUGCGUGGCUGCCAUCAGCGACGAAGAAGUGCUAGACAAAUGGCAAAACUACCAGGUCAAAUAUGGAAAAUCCUACAGAUCCCCAGUAGAAUCCCGUAAACGUUUGGCCAUAUUCAAGGAGAACUUGGAAAAGAUCGAAAAACAUAAUGCUCUCUACGACCAAGGAAAAACAAUGCACACCGAAGGAAUUAACCAAUUCACUGACUGGACCAAAGAGGAGUUCUUACAAUAUGUAAACAAAGGUUUGAUCAACAAACCUGUAAUCGUAGGCGAGGUCUUCAAUAAGAGUGAAAACUUCGCUAACGUCGGUUCAAUUGACUGGAGAUCAGCUGGUGUUGUUACGGAAGUCAAGAACCAAGGGGGUUGUGGAUCAUGCUGGUCUUUCAGUGCUACUGGAGCUAUCGAAGGACAGUUAGGAAGGAAUGGUUACUUGAUAUCUCUCAGUGAGCAAAAUUUGAUUGACUGCUCUUCAGGUUACGGUAACCUUGGUUGUAACGGAGGAAUGAUGACAGCAGCUUUCGGCUAUGUAAGAGACAAUGGAAUUGUUAGCGAACAGGACUAUCCCUACGAAGAAUCAGUAGGACUCUGCAGACCAGAUCCUUCAAGGAUUAUCACCAGAAUUUCUACCUAUUACACAAUUCCCUACGGAGAUGAACAAUCUCUACAGCAAGCCCUUGCCACAGUUGGUCCAAUAUCUGUUGCUAUUGAUGCUACAGAGACUCUACAGAGCUACGGCGGUGGAAUUUUGAGGGAUAACACUUGCAGUAGCCAAGCUCUUAACCACGGUGUUCUCCUGGUUGGUUCCGGAGUCGAGAAUGGAAUAGAAUACUACAUCGUCAAGAAUUCAUGGGGUCCCAACUGGGGAGAGGGAGGUUACUUCAGAUUGCAGAAGAUCAAUAACCAAUGUGGAAUUGCUUCCAUGGCAUCUUAUCCAGUUUUGUAAUAAUUUUAUGAAUUUCAGUUUGGCCUAAAUAAAUAUUUGACAAUUA